AUCUAAAGGCCGGCUCCAUCGCCGUGACCCCCAAUGGCCACCUGGAAGCUUCUCCGACCCGGAGCCAGCCGGUGGGAUAUUCCCGGAGUUCCCUGCACCACGUUCCCAGCUCCCGGAGAAGCAGCCUCACCUCUCUCAGCCGCGGAAACUUCGACCAGAAAUCUUUGACCAGCGGGCGCAGCUCUCACUACCUCCCCUGGGGGGCUGGGGGCAGUCGUCGUUCCAGCUGGACCAGCAUCGGACGCUCCUCGAGCCUGAAACGCAAGCCCCCGAGCGGGGAAUACGAGUCGCUGCUGUCGGGGGAGGAGCGGCGAACACCGGGCAGUGAGGGCGAAGACCCCCAACUCCUCCCCGCCCAACCCCCAGACCCCCGCAAGUCUCGCCGGGCCCUUUCGCUGGACACCCAGGAGCCCUGCCAGCUUCCGCGGACCCCCGGCUCCCAGCCCCACCCUCCGCACAGGAAGGUCAGCCUCUCCCCCACCCCCAGGAACUGCAACGGGGAAACCCCCCGCCUCGUCAAGGAGGUUUUCCCCAGGGUCAACGCCAGGAACGAGAGGGCGGGCGACGAGGACGAGAUCGAUUAUAGCCUGUGGUUCCGAGUUCAGAAGAUGAUGGAGGUCUACAAGCCGGCCUGGUGCGAGAGCCGGGAGCAUUGGUCAGUCUACCUGUUUUCCCCUCAGAACAGGUUCCGGCUUCUGUGCCAGAUGAUUGUCGCUCACAAGCUGUUUGACUAUGUGGUCCUGGCCUUCAUCUUCCUCAACUGCAUCACCAUCGCCCUGGAGAGGCCUGAGAUCGCACAGCCCAGCACCGAACGUCUUUUCCUCAGUGUCUCCAACUACAUCUUCACAGCGAUCUUCGUGGCUGAGAUGGCUUUGAAGGUCAUCUCCAUGGGCUUUUACGUUGGCGACCAGGCCUACCUGAGGAGCAGCUGGAACAUCCUAGAUGGCUUCCUGGUCUUCGUGUCGCUCAUCGACAUCGUGGUGUCGCUGGCCUCGGCGGGCGGGGCCAAGAUCUUAGGGGUCCUGCGCGUCCUCAGGCUCCUCAGGACCCUCCGGCCCCUCAGGGUGAUCAGCCGAGCCCCGGGCCUGAAGCUGGUGGUGGAGACCCUGAUCUCUUCCCUGAAGCCCAUCGGGAACAUCGUGCUCAUCUGCUGUGCCUUCUUCAUCAUCUUCGGCAUCCUCGGAGUCCAGCUCUUCAAAGGCAAGUUUUUCUGCUGUCAGGGAGAGGACACGCGCAAUGUCACCAACCGCUCCGACUGUUUGUUGGCGAACUACAAGUGGGUCCAUCACAAGUACAACUUCGACAACCUCGGACAGGCGCUGAUGUCUCUGUUUGUUCUGGCCUCGAAGGACGGUUGGGUUAACAUCAUGUACAACGGGUUGGAUGCCGUAGCCAUCGAUCAGCAGCCCAUCACGAACCACAACCCCUGGAUGCUCCUCUACUUCAUCUCCUUCCUGCUGAUCGUCAGUUUCUUUGUGCUGAACAUGUUCGUGGGGGUCGUGGUGGAGAACUUCCACAAGUGCCGGCAGAACCAGGAGGCCGAGGAAGCCAAGCGCCGCGAGGAGAAGCGCCUGCGGAGGCUGGAGAAGAAACGCAGGAGGGCUCAGCGGUUGCCCUACUACGCCUCGUACUGUCCAGUGCGUCUCUUCAUCCACACCCUGUGCACCAGCCACUACCUCGACCUCUUCAUCACCUUCAUCAUCUGCAUCAACGUCAUCACCAUGUCCCUGGAGCACUACAACCAGCCCACGUCGCUGGAGGUGGCUCUGAAAUACUGCAACUACAUGUUCACCACCACCUUCGUGGUGGAGGCAAUCCUCAAACUGGUCGCCUUCGGAUUGAGGAGGUUCUUCAAAGACAGGUGGAAUCAGCUGGACUUGGCCAUUGUGUUGCUAUCAGUGAUGGGCAUCACAUUGGAAGAGAUUGAGAUCAGAGCUGCUUUGCCGAUUAACCCCACUAUCAUCCGCAUCAUGAGGGUCCUCCGCAUCGCCCGAGUGCUGAAACUGCUGAAGAUGGCCACUGGGAUGAGAGCUCUCCUGGACACAGUAGUGCAAGCUCUUCCGCAGGUGGGAAACCUCGGUCUCCUCUUCAUGCUGUUAUUUUUUAUCUACGCUGCACUGGGGGUUGAGCUGUUUGGCAGAUUAG